UAGUUUGUAGCUGUACGAUUCCUGUUACGUUGUAUUUAUCGGCGGGGUUUUUAUUAUAAGUAUUAAAGGUUAUUGUAUUGCGUGUAGCUAAAAUGAACAAGUCAACAGCGAUUGGUAUUGAUUUAGGUACUACGUAUUCCUGUGUCGGUGUCUUCCAACAUGGAAAAGUGGAGAUUAUUGCUAAUGACCAAGGCAACCGAACAACUCCCAGUUACGUUGCUUUUACGGACACUGAGCGAUUGAUCGGCGAUGCUGCCAAAAAUCAGGUGGCCUUGAAUCCUAGCAAUACCGUUUUUGAUGCGAAGAGACUGAUCGGCAGAAAGUUUGAUGACCCAAUGAUCCAGGCAGAUAUGAAACAUUGGCCUUUUAAAGUGAUAUGUGACGGAGGAAAGCCCAAAGUACAGGUGGAGUACAAAGGCGAAACUAAAUCCUUCAAUCCUGAGGAGAUUUCUUCAAUGGUCUUGAUUAAGAUGAAAGAAACUGCUGAAGCUUAUUUGGGGCACACUGUCACUAAUGCUGUGGUUACUGUACCAGCAUACUUCAAUGACUCGCAGCGCCAGGCUACUAAAGAUGCUGGAGUGAUCGCAGGGUUGAACGUUUUGAGAAUUAUCAACGAGCCCACCGCUGCUGCAAUUGCUUAUGGACUAGAUCAGAAAGGGAGAGGUGAGCGGAAUGUCUUAAUCUUUGACCUUGGUGGCGGUACAUUCGAUGUUUCUAUUCUUACCAUUGACGAUGGAAUAUUUGAGGUGAAAGCAACAGCUGGAGAUACACACUUGGGAGGUGAGGACUUUGAUAACCGCAUGGUGAGUCAUUUCAUUGAAGAGUUCAAGCGAAAGCACAAGAAAGAUAUCAGUCAAAAUAAGAGGGCUGUGAGAAGACUGAGAACAGCUUGUGAGAGAGCGAAGCGUACCUUGUCUUCGAGCACUCAGGCUAGUAUAGAAAUAGACUCGCUUUUUGAUGGUGUCGACUUUUAUACAUCCAUUACUAGAGCUCGUUUUGAAGAGUUGAAUUCUGACCUCUUUAGAGGUACGUUAGACCCUGUGGAGAAAUCUUUGAAAGAUGCUAAAUUAGACAAGUCUAGUAUUCAUGAUGUUGUCCUUGUUGGGGGGUCAACCCGCAUCCCCAAGAUUCAGAAACUUUUACAAGACUUUUUUAAUGGCAGAGAGCUAAACAAGAGCAUCAAUCCUGACGAAGCUGUGGCCUACGGAGCAGCUGUGCAGGCAGCUAUUUUGAUAGGUGACAAAUCCGAAAAUGUCCAAGACUUGCUGCUUCUGGACGUCACUCCCCUUUCUCUAGGUCUGGAGACAGCAGGAGGCGUGAUGACUGUGCUCAUUAAGCGAAAUACUACUAUUCCAACCAAACAAACGCAAACUUUUACUACCUACUCUGAUAAUCAGCCUGGUGUCCUUAUUCAGGUGUACGAAGGUGAAAGAGCAAUGACAAAAGACAAUAACCUCUUGGGCAAGUUUGAGUUAAGUGGAAUCCCACCUGCCCCCCGUGGUGUUCCCCAGAUUGAAGUUACAUUUGAUAUCGAUGCCAAUGGGAUCCUUAAUGUGUCUGCUGUUGACAAAAGCACUGGCAAAGAAAACAAGAUCACCAUCACCAAUGACAAAGGCCGGCUGAGCAAAGAGGAUAUUGAAAAAAUGGUGCAGGAAGCAGAACGGUACAAAGCUGAGGAUGAAGCCCAGAAACAGAAGAUCACAGCCAAAAACAACCUGGAGUCUUUUGCUUUCAACAUGAAAAGCAGUGUGAGUGAUGACGGUAUGAAGGACAAACUUAGUGAGGCGGACAGAAAUAAAGUAUUGGACAGGUGUAACGAAACCAUUGCUUGGCUGGAGAAAAAUCAGCUAGCUGAUAAGGAAGAGUAUGAACACCAGCUGAAAGAACUGGAGAAAGUCUGCAAUCCCAUCAUUACUAAAAUGUACCAGGGAGGUGUUCCACCGGGUGGGAUGCCAACUGGGGGCCACCCUGGUAAAGAUGGCCCCACCAUCGAAGAAGUGGAUUAAGGUUGCCCAAAAAUGGCCAAAGUGAAUCUUCUUGAAAGUACUGUCACAGUUGCAUUGAUGGAAGAUAACUUGAUGGCUAGCCUGGCCAUACACUCUGUCAUUUUUGUUUUAAAGAUGCAGUAAUGAGGGACUUUCCUUUAUAGUUGACUGCGUUAUUUAGUUUUCUGUUUGGCGGGGUUGGGGAUAAUGUCGAGUUACUGUUCAUUGUUUUGGGAAAGCACUAGAGGACUAGCACUUGUGUAUGAACAGCAGUAUAGGAGCAUUAAUUUGUAUGGUCAGCGUUGUACACGUUUUAUCCGUUACAACUACUUGAAACUUUUGUGAAUGCAGUGCUGUUUGUACUUGAAACUCUCAAGAUUGUUUGCAUUCUUAAUAAAUGUUGCAGCACA